AUGACGGCGUGCCAUGAUUGGUCCCGACAUCGGUUUCCAAAAUUUCCUUCUCCUUUCCACGCUCCAGACCAAAACUUCCCUCUAACUCUCCUCCCUUCGUUCUUCUUCUUUCUUCUCCAUAAAUUCAAAUAUACUGAAAGAGUGAAGUCAGGCCAAAAUGUUUACCUCCAGCCGCUGAGAAGAAGACCCAAGUCGAACCCGACCCCGUCGUUCCAUCUUCGUUCCAAAGGAGCCCGUUCGUCGCUGCUGGAAAGGUCCUUUUUGUGCGAAUUUUGUCUUCAAAUCCCUGAUUUUCUUCUCUUUUGGUGCAUUCGACGUCAUCCCUUGGAAGAUUUAACAAGCCAAAUACCAAAACCCCCCCUUUUCUACCCAUCUUGUUUCCGCUGCACCAAUAGUGCUCACGGAGUGGGUGCUAGCAAGGAAGGGCCCGCGCCAUUGUCUAGAUUUCUUCCUUCGUUGAUUUUGCUCGAGCUGCUGGAAAGGUACACGCAUCUUGGGCACAGGGACUUGCUUGUCCUGCUUGUUGAUCACAAAGCGAGACUCUUACUUGUCAUGAGCUUGAAUUUUAAAUUGCAUGUACCCAUUAUGGCAUCCGGUAAUCCACCAUUUAUCAUAAGGGAUCAUCUUUACUCCGUAGAUGACAAGUUGAAGAGAGGGAGACCUCCUCCUUUGCUUAAGGGUACCGACGAGGAUGUAAUUAUUGAUGAAGAACCAGCGCCAGAAGCUACUUCAGUGAUUGACCCUGCGUCCGUAUCAAGGUGCUGCAUAGAAAGGGGUCUGUUUCCGGCAGUUCCUUUGUUCUUUCAAUAUCCCUGCAGCACCAGCAAGGGUUGGUCGGAGUGGGUUGAUGCUGAACUGAAGAACCCCAUCUACCCGUGA